AUGGGUGGCGAGCCCACGUCUUUUAACGAUCCUCCUGCUCGAUCGAGCAGCUGGAAAGCUGCGCAAUUUGCGGAACGGUUGCUGAUCACUCCGCUCGACAUCCCCGAUGCCGACGCGCCGGAGAUGAAGCCGGAUAUGACGCCGGGAAUGACGCUAGACGACCAGACUCUCUCAGCAUACGACACGGCGCCGCAUUUUCUCCUAAACGGCUCGCAACCGCGUGACGUCGACAUCGAGUCGCAGCAGUCGCGCCGCCAGCUGCAAGCCGAACGUCACGAUGACGGUUACGAACCGACGCGUGAAAUGAUCGAGAAUCCCGCCGCGUCGACGAAGACGAUAAAAGCGCUUCAAGUUGACACUUCGAACAAGACUGCAGGAAUCUCUUCCAGCGCAACGGCGACGGCUGGCCGAGCCGCAGCGGCGAGUGGAGCGGGCGAUUUCUCACCAUCGCCAGCGGAAAUGCUCGAUGGCGCCUCAUUCGAGCGCCUCACGCUCGUCUCUCCGCGAUCCACGGCGGACUUCGACUUCGCCAUCGCGGUCAAGAAUCUGGCUGACUCGGAUCGAGAAAACGACUCGUUUAAAAUUAAAGGGGACUUCGGCGAUUCCGACUCGGCAUAUGGCGACAACUUUCCCAUGAUGGUGCUCCCGCGCCGCCCACGCCGCGCGUCGUAUAGCGGUUCCGGGGAGAGCUUUCCGCCGAAAUCCCCGCCGCUCACCACGUCAAUCAAUUCAACCUGGCGGAGCAACGGAAGCAUCGCCGGGAAAGCUGCUAGUGCGUCCAGCUUCCUCAAUCGACCGCCAAUUGCUGACACCUCCGCGGGGCGCGGUUGGCGUGGCGCUUUGACCCCGCGGAGUGGUGCGUUGGGCCGGAGACUGUCUGUGCGGCAGAGCAGCAGCGACAUGUUCGAGCCUUCAGGUUCGGAAGCUGCCGGGCCUUCGACUUCACCGACUGAACACUCUGCUUCAGUCGCCCCGCGUCCUUCCUCUUCUGCCGGACGAAUCCCUCUGUUGCCGCACAGGCAGCACCAUCACAGGCGGAGCUUCAGCAUCUGCGCUAGUGAUUGCACCACCAGCAUCAGCAGCGGCAUCAGCGGCAGCAUCAGUGGUGGUGGGGGAAGCAGUGGCGGAGCUACCCCUCCGGAAACAGAUUAUUCAGCUGCUGGAUACCCGGCAGCAGGCAACACGAGGAACCCCACAACACCUUGUGCUGCCCCAGGUGGUGGUGCUGUGUUCUGCCCGAGCCCGAGAUGGGUUGGGAAGCGGUCCCCUGUGGCGUUUCAAAGGGAUGUGUGGAGUCAGCAGAGGGGGUGCCAGCAGGGUGAAAGGCAGCAUGCACGACGUCACUCAGUGAGUGAGAUUGACGGGUCGGUGUUUGAGGAGCUUGCGGUAGCUGCUCAGCGGCUGCAGGAGUAG